AUGGACGAUUCACCACAACCGAAGAAGAAAGGAGUUGGUUUCCACAGCAGACAGUCAAUCGAACAAGUUCGUCGAAUCUCAAGAUACAGCAACUACGAUAUCGAGGAAAUCGAAGCUUAUUGGGGUGAUGGAAGUGAGCACAAGCUCCGUAAACAAGAGCUGAGAUCAGCAGUACAAGAGUGGCAAGCAGGGAGGCGAAUGAGUGAUAACCUCACCUUUACAACCCGAGGAAUCAUGGAUAAAAUCGGCGAGGGAAAGCAAAUAAAGAAAGCCAACAGGGAACGAGCUCGACAAGCUGUUAUGGACGAACAGGAGCUCCAGGAUCAAGAGGGGCUCAUUGACGACGAUCUACUGGCAGAAAUUUACACUGCGACUACAGUUAGCUCAAAGAAAAAAGCUCAGAACGAAGCUAUGGCCGUAAGGGAGGAGGUAGAUGCUUUUGGGACCAACGAGAAGUCAUCCUAG